UUAUUUUUAAAAACAUGUAUUUCUUUUUCAAAAUGUGUUAAGUCACGAAAAAAUUCAUUCUGUGUGACAUAGAUGCGGCAACAGCUUUUACCUGCUUCUUAAUAUUUUUACAGUGUACCUACAGAUAUGUCAAGUCAGCUGUUCGUCACUCAUGGCAGAGUUUUCAGAUUUCACCAUCCAAAUUUGUUAAAAAUAAGAAAACAUCAAUAUUAGCGCCGGGUUAAAGGAAGUCGAUUUUUAUGUAAUAACCGUUGUAUAAUAUAUUUUAUAUAAUAGUUUUUAAAAAUAAAAAGAGCACACUGCUCUGAUUAAUUGGGUGUUAAGUAAUCUACCGGCCGAACUAGUCAAAAAUGGCAUACCGCCUUCUUAGUACGGCCAAACUGCUAAAUGGCUGCUUGCGACGAAGUUAUAUGUCAACUAAGAUGUUAGCAAAAGAGGUGUCAUUUCGAAAGACUGAAAAUACGAUAGUCAUAGAUUUGCCGUUUCUGAAGUAUAUUAUAGAGCGUGUGCAGCUGUUCUGCAAUAAACCUCCUAAAGGAUUCGAGAAAUAUUUUGAAGCAGGUAAAAAAGGUGCUGCCGCUGGUAAGAAAGCUGCAGAAAAAGCUGGUGAAAAGGCGAGUGAAGUUGGAAAAUCGAGUCCACAAAAACCUCCAGCAGAAAAUAAAAGCGAUUGGAAUUUCGGAAUGUUCACUAAUCCAAAGUCUAAAGGUACAGGAGGCGGAGGGUCAGGGCGGCCAUCUGGUGACGCUGGUGGGGGAGAUAAGGAGAGAUGGUUAAUCUUAGGUGCAAUUGGUGCUGCUGUUUUGAUAGGUAGCUUGACUUUCUUUGAAAUGGGUUACAAAGAAGUUUCUUGGAAAGAAUUUGUUAAUGGUUAUCUGAACAAGGGCAUUGUUGAGAAACUUGAAGUCGUUAAUAAAAAAUGGGUACGAGUACGAUUACAGCCAGGCAAUUCGCAGGAAUCAUCAGGUGUGCUGUGGUUCAACAUAGGUAGUGUAGAUUCUUUUGAGAGGAAUUUGGAAAAUGCACAAGUAGACCAGGGUAUAGAGAGUGUCAAUUUUGUGCCUGUUAUUUAUCGAACCGAAGUCGAAGCUUCUAGCUUAUCCGGGUUACUACCGACCUUAUUAAUUAUUGGAUUUUUGGUGUAUAUGAUGCGUCGAUCAGCGGAUAUGAUGUCCGGUGGUCGUGGUCGCAAGGGUGGCGGUUUGUUUGGUGGCGUAAUGAACUCAACAGCUAAACUGAUUAAUUCUAAUGAAAUUGGUGUACGCUUCAAAGAUGUAGCUGGUUGCGAAGAGGCAAAAAUUGAAAUCAUGGAGUUUGUAAACUUCUUAAAAAAUCCACAGCAAUAUAUUGACUUAGGUGCGAAAAUUCCGAAAGGCGCAAUGCUUACUGGACCACCUGGUACAGGAAAAACAAUGUUAGCUAAAGCAACAGCUGGUGAAGCAAAUGUACCUUUUAUAACCGUUUCUGGUUCUGAAUUCUUGGAAAUGUUUGUUGGUGUUGGUCCUUCUCGAGUGCGGGAUAUGUUUGCGAUGGCACGAAAACAUGCACCUUGCAUAUUGUUUAUUGAUGAAAUAGAUGCUGUUGGUAGAAAACGUGGCGGAAAAUCGUUUGGUGGUCAUUCUGAACAAGAAAAUACACUUAAUCAGUUGUUGGUUGAGAUGGAUGGGUUUAAUACCACAACAAAUGUAGUAGUGCUGGCAGCUACAAAUCGUGUAGAUAUACUGGAUAAAGCUUUACUUCGACCUGGUCGAUUUGAUAGACAAAUUUUUGUGCCUGCUCCCGAUAUCAAAGGUCGCUCGAGUAUUUUCAAAGUACAUUUAGAGCCAUUGAAAACUGAUGUGAACAAAGCGGAAUUGUCACGCAAAAUGGCAGCACUCACACCUGGUUUUACUGGUGCUGAUAUCGCUAAUGUAUGCAAUGAAGCUGCACUUAUAGCAGCGCGUGACUCACACAAUUCCAUUGUAUUGAAACAUUUCGAACAAGCUAUAGAACGUGUCAUUGCAGGUAUGGAAAAGAAAACAAAUGUGUUGGCACCUGAGGAAAAGAAUACCGUUGCACAUCAUGAAGCUGGGCAUGCUGUUGCUGGUUGGUUUUUAGAGCAUGCGGAUCCAUUGUUAAAGGUAUCAAUAAUCCCACGUGGUAAGGGAUUGGGUUACGCGCAGUACUUGCCUAAAGAUCAGUAUUUACUUUCUAAGGAGCAGUUGUUUGAUCGCAUGUGCAUGACACUUGGUGGACGCGUGGCCGAAGAGCUUUUCUUUAAUCGCAUUACAACUGGUGCGCAAGAUGAUUUGAAGAAAAUUACAGACAGUGCAUAUGCGCAAAUUGUACGGUUUGGUAUGAACGAAAAAGUAGGUCAAGUCAGUUUUGACCCAGGACAAUCUGGCGAUCCCAUGUUCACAAAACCUUACUCUGAAGAUACAGCACAAUUGAUUGAUUCAGAGGUGCGUACAUUAAUAAAAAAAGCACACAUACGAACGACAGAGCUUCUACAAAAGCAUAAAGAUGAUGUUGCUAAAGUAGCGGAACGUUUGCUUAAAAAUGAAAUUUUAAGCCGUGAUGAUAUGAUUGAACUGCUCGGCCCGAGACCUUUCAAAGAGAAGUCAACAUAUGAAGAAUUCGUAGAGGGCACGGGGUCAUUAGAAGAAGAUACAGAAUUACCAGAAGGCUUAAAGAGUUGGAACAAAUCAAAAGAUAACGAACAACCAACAUGUCCGUCGGACCCAACACCCCCACCAAAGUCUAUACCAAAACCUGUGGCGUAAGAUGCGAACCUUUAAACUCAAUCACACUAUAUCUGUUAUGUAAGUCAUAACUAGUGUUUUUUUUUUGUUGAGACUACAUGGUACAUAGUUCUAGCCUUAAAUUUAAUUAUCUGCGUUUAAUUGUACAUAAACGAUUUAUGUAUAAGUACGUUCGACACUUCAAACGAAAUUUUGCAGUUGUAAUAAAAAUUAAAAUUUGUUUACAAAG